AUGGCUGCGAGUGGGCGGGGAAAGAAGUCCAAGGCCAGUCAAUCGACCGGACCAGUCGACACCAAGAUGAACGGACACACAAACGGGCACGUCUCGCGGCCGUCCAAGCCGGUGAGACAGAGGAGGAGGGCAAGUGCAUCGGGUCGGGGAUUCAGCAUAGUUGCCAGGUUCGUCACUGUCCGUAGCUCAUCGGCAGUCUCCUCUAACCAUGUCGUGUUCGUUAGAUUGUUGCUCUGGUACACAAUAGCCACUGUCCUAUUCCGCUGCCCAUCAUCGCCCGCGGAGCUCACGGAAGACUCGCCAAGGGUCUGCAAGCCCUACUUUACCGUGCGGACACACACUUUGCCAUACACACAGCCGUACUACGACGCCUACGUGGCCCCAUACGUCCAUCAGGCUCGUCCGUACUAUGACCGCCUCGACAAGCAGAUCAUCACCCCUGCGACUGCCUUCACCAGCCAGAAAUACGAAACAUACGGCGCUCCUCGAGUGGCCCAAGCACAGAAGUACGCACAAUCUCAGUGGGAGAAGAGUGUUCGCCCUCAGCUGCAAACAGCUCAAGCAAAGGCCAAGGCACAAUAUGGCGCCUCUCUCGCUCCACAUGUCGACAAGGCGUCAGCUGCGGUACUCCCGUACUACGACAACGCGAGAUCCACCGUUCUUGACACAUACCAACAAAGGCUCCUUCCGGCGUAUGUCGCCUCCAUGCCAUAUGCUCAGCUGGUCUACGCUCAAGGCCACCACCUCACCGUGGAUGUGGUGUAUCCGUACUUCAGCAUGGCCCGCCGGUCCUCCACCUCCUUCUUGAAGCGUACCAUCUGGCCCAGACUCCGAAUCCUGUAUGGCGAAAACGUCGAGCCGCAGUUGAUGAGGAUAAGUGAAAGACUUGGUCGAUACAAGGAUAGCAAGAAGUUGGAAGCCGCAGUAGAGUCCGUCGACGUUUCUUCGUCUCUUAGCUCCGCCACUUCCACGGUCGAAUCCCUGACAUCUUCGGCAGCCGGGACCAUCAUUGAAGCUGCGCAGUCUAUUGAAACACCGACUGGCUCAGCCGUAGCCGAAACUCCGGACAGCAAAGAUGAGACGCGUGAGAAGAUUGAGAAUGAUCUAAAGGUAUGGCAGGAGAAGUUCGCCAGGGCUGCAGACAAAGGCAGCGAAGACCUCGAAGGCCGUGUCAAAGAGAUAUCUGAGCGACAGGUCGACAGCCAAGCGCACGGUGUUGGCAAGGCGCUUGUGGUUGAACUUGAGGGGACAACGGAGGCAUCUGUCCAGCGUGUCAAGGACACUAUCGCGCGAGUGGUCAAAAGGCUUCCGGAUAAUCCCUCGGACGAUGACUUCACGUCAGCCUAUGAAGAAGUCAACUCGGCUACACGAACGGCAGGUCAAUCCAUCAAGUCGAAAGCACAGGCCAUCAGGGCAUGGAAGCAAAGCUUUGAUGAGGAGACGUUCAACUUGGUUAAAGCCGCUUCUGAUUCUACCCUGGAGGUCAUCGAUAACAUCCGUGACCUCGGACUUCAGGAGAUUGGUAUGCGUUGGGCCUGGAUGGAAGGCGUCACGUACAAAGACUGGGCGAAGUAUCAUGCUCUCAAGAAGACCUUCGAUGAGUGGCGCGACGAGGUCCAGGCUACUGCCAUGGAGCACGAAGGCCUCCACAAGGCGAAGCAUGAGGGCCACAAGAUCGAAGAGGAAGCCAUGAAGAUCGCGGAAGAAGCGGCCAAGGAGCUCGCUAGACUCAAGGAUGUCGCAAAGUGGAAGAUAUACGCGCAGGACGACACCGACGACUUCAGCACCAAGAUCAUCCCUGCUGUGGCGGCUAACAUUUACCAAAAGGUCGUGGGCAAGGUCAGUGAUGCGAGCUCGGCCGUCGCCGGAAGUACACAAGGCACGAUGGAAUCCGUCGCUUCCUCAGUAUCUAAGGCUGCCGCUGACGCUGUGUCAACCGCCUCAUCUGCGGUAGUCGGAACGGAGACGGGCAGUGUAGAGAGCGCUGCGUCGAAGGUAUCAGAAGCUGUUGUCGGCUCCCAGGCGGCAACUGACAGCAUUGCGUCUGUGGUAAGCUCAAAGGCUAGCGACGCAUCUGCUGGGGCACAGAGUGUUCUUUCAGCCGCGAAGUACAAGAAGGACCAAGCUAGCGCUUCCAUAAUCGGCACACCUCCACCAGUGCACGAGUCUUUGGCCUCGGAAGCUUCUUCCAGUCUGUCGUCCGCAUCCUCGAAAGCAUCGUCGAACCUGCACUCCGCAUCGUCUGAAGCAUCUUCCAGCCUCAGCUCUGCCUCAUCUGCUGCGUCGCAAGCGUACUCAUCCGCGACGAAGCCAUCCAAGAAGGUCUGGGGUGGCGCUAUGGCGGAAGUUGUCACCGUAUCAAAGAUCGUUAUCGAAGACGACAUCGUAGAGGAUGACACCUCGUAUUCAGAGAAGAUUCAGAACAUCGUUAGUGGUGCUGGCGACCGGGCAGCAGAUCUCACAAGAGCCAUCAGUGAGGCACUCAUGCAGCCGGCGACUGCGACCGGCACGCAGGGGAGUGUCGAAUCAAUCACCUCAUUGGCUAGCGAACAGUACGAGAAAGCGAUGUCUGCGGCAUCGAGCAUACUUUACGGGACGGAGCAGGGCACUGCUGAGAGCCUGUCGAGUGUCGCAGCCGACAAGUACGCCCAAGCUGUUACAGCAGCUUCGUAUGCUAUCUACGGCACGCCAACGCCGGCCAGCCAAUCCCUGGCCGCAGAGGCCAGCUCCCGCUACGACGACGCUGUCAAGCUUGCUCAGAGCCAAUACGCCGCCGCUCAGUCCCGCAUCUCGGAGCAAGUCUACGGCACGCCGAAGCCUGUACACGAAGAGAUGCUAUCCUCAGUCCAGCAAGCCUAUUCGGGGUCUCUGUCAGCGGCCAGCGAGAAGCUCCAGGCCGCCUUGGCUUACACCGAGAGUGUUAAGAGCAUGGCAUCCAGUCCUACGCCAGGAGCGCUUGAGUCUAUCUCUGCCAUCGCCUCGUCGCGUCUUGCUGAAGGCUUAAGCCUUGCAUCCGCACAGUAUACGAGUGCUAAGAUUGCCGUCGGUGCUCAGCCUACUCCCGCUCAUCAGCAAUACAUGGCGGAUGCGCAACGGCGGUACUACGAAGGCAUAGGCAUGGCACACGCACGCUACUCCGAGUUCGUCGACGCUGCCUCAAGUGCGAUAUACGGUACACCGACUCCCGCCUACCAGAGCCUCAUGGACCGGGCUUCCAGUUCGGUGAUCGGCACUUCGACCCCAGCAUACCAGAGCGUGCUCUCAGCCGCACAGAACCAAUACGAGGCAGCCGUUGACGCCGCAUACUACAACUACCAAGCGCUCCUCCGCUCAGCCAGUUCGGCAGCCGGCAAGUCCCCGGCCCAAAGCCUCGUAGACUCCGCUUCCUCCCAGUAUGACUCCGCCGUCUCCGUCGCUGCCGCCGCCCUCUCCUCAGCCUCCUCGCAUGCAAGCACAGCCAUCUACGGCACUUCCACCGGCAGCCUUGAAUCAGUCGCGUCCGCCAUCUCCGAGCGCGCCGAGUCCGUCGCCUCGGUCGCCAGCUCCGGCGUCGUGGGCUCCGAGACCGGCUGGACCGAAUCGGUCGCCUCGCAGGCCUCGCAGAACUGGGAGGCACUGGUCUCGAAAGCCAGCGAACAGGUCUACGGCCAGCCAACCCCCUUCACGGAAUCGAUGAUGUCGCAAGCCGGUGCCUACGGCGCCCAAGCCACCGAGGCAGCUGCGGCCCAGUUCGCGGCGCUGCAGGGCUACGUCGCGGAACUGGUCGCAGGCCGCGAACCAGACUUCACGGAGAGCGUCAUGAGUCGCUUCAGCUCGGCGUACCACACCGGCUACGGCGCCAUGGCCUCCUCGGCCAGUUCCUACGUCGCCGACACAUACAACUCGGCGUCCUCGGCCGUGUCCUCCGUCUUCACGCCCCCGGCGACGCUCGAAGCCAUCCUCGGCUCCGCGAGCGACCAGAUCAACGCCGCCGUCGAGGCGGCCAGCGUCCAGAUGUACGGCACUGAGAAGGGGACGAUCGAGCAGGCCACCGAGGCCGCGGCGAGCGCGUACGGCUCCGUCCGGUCCAGAGCCAGCGAGGCGAUGCACGGCACCCAGCCUUCCUACGCCGAGGCGGCGCAGGCGUCCUUCGCGGAUGUUGCGGCGUCGGCGCAGAGCGCGAUCAGUGCUGCCAUCUACGGCACCCCGACCGGCACCGUCGAGGCUGCGACGAGUGGCGCCGCGAGUGUGUAUUCCUCGCUUUCCGAGGCGGCGGGCGAUAGUCUCUCUGCGGCGGGCGAGGCGGUGGGGGAUAGUCUCGCUGCUGCUACGUCCGCGGUGGGCGACUCCUCGGCGGUCAGCUCGGCGGUCUACGGGCCCGAGCAAGGCGCCGUGGAGAGCGCGAGCAGUAGGCUUGCGGCUGCGCUGGAGAGCGCGAGGGCCAGGUUGGCGGAGAUGGCGGAGGCGAGUUCGGGGACUGUGGGCCGGAAGCUCGAGGAGGCGAGGAGUGGGGUCGAGGAGAUGGCGAGUAGUGUGAGCAGUGCGGCGGCGAGCGUUACGGGCAGGGCGAGGGACGAGUUGUAG